GUGCUAACUCCAACGCCGAUCGCCUCAAAGAGACAAGCGCGAGCACGUCGAGGGGGAGAGCGACUAGGCUUGCGCAUGCGCAACAUAACACACUGGGUGAGGGUGCGGGAGCUGGUGGCGCGCGCAGUGAUGGGUUCGCAGGUUUCAGCUCGAGCUGGUCGGGGCCGCCUGAGGAAAGAACGGUCUUUGGAUGCUGAGAGCAGUGAGGAUUUACUGGGCGAUGACAGACAGGAGGACAUUGCGCGGUUCCCUUAUGUAGAGUUUACUGGCAAGGACAGUGUCACCUGUCCGACCUGCCAAGGCACCGGCCGCAUUCCGAAAGGGCUGGUCAAUGAAUUGGUGGCCCUGAUCCCAUACAGUGACCAGAGGCUGCAGCCGCAAAGAACGAAAUUGUAUGUCUUCAUAUCAAUAUUCGUGUGCUUGCUGAUAUCUGGUUUGGUUGUCUUCUUCUUGUUCCCUCGGUCAGUGGUUGUGACUGAUGAUGGAAUCAGAGUCGUCCUUGUGAAGUUUGACAACAAUAACUCCAGAGUCUUCAUUGACAUGACAAGUACCCUCAACAUUAGCAAUUCCAAUUUCUAUACUGUUUCUGUGGAUUCACUCACCUGUCAAGUCCAGUACAUGAAAACUGUGAUUGGAACAAAGCAGCUGAGCAAUGUUUCUGUUAUACCACCUCUGAGUGAGAAACAGGUGAACUACACUGUCCGAAUGGAGUUCAGUGGUUCUCUAACAUAUGUAUAUACCUUUUGCACGAUGCCAUCAAUCAAGGUCCACAAUAUUGUUGUCUUCAUGCAAACCACAGUGAAAAGCUCCUAUUUGGGACAUCCAUCACAGAACUCUCUGGAAGCCUACCGCUAUCUGGAUUGUGGGUCCAAUUCAACAGUAUAUAGAAGACCUCCUUUGAAUCACUGAGACCUCUACAGUCUGAUUGGAAAUGAUGGUUCAAAGCAACUUCUUCAAUUGUUUUCAUUAAUGUGGGACUUCUCUCCUCCCUGUUUAGCUGGAAAGUGACUGCAGCAAGUAGAUUUGAGGAGUUUUCUGUUUCUGCACUCUUUUUAUAAGGCAUGUGGCCGUGUAGAGCAUCCUUAACCUUGUUUUGUUUUUAAUCAAAAAGGUUUGAGAGCAUUGCUUUCAACCUUCCUGAGUAGUUGCUUUUUCCAUAAUGUUUCUCCCCUAGGGGAGAAGCCUUUGUUUCAAAACCUACCUCAUGUGUGCCAUGCUGUGUGCCCUCCAAGUUUCAUACAAAAGCCUCCCAUAGCAAUGAACUUUUAUACAACACAACCAUGCAUACAAGUUAAAGUCUACUCAAAGCUGCACUAGACCUAGGAUAUUUUUUGUCACUACCAUCCUUUCUGAAUUCCACUUCCCAGUUGAUGUUAGACUAAACUUGAAUUGCUUCUCCCUCCUGGGUUUGUCAAACUCUUGCAACACAUUUCCCCGCCCACCCCAUGCUUACCCUUCCUUUUUGACGAGGUUGUAAAUGUGCUUAUAUCUAAAAUGUAGCCAAAAGAGACCUUCAAGUUAAAACAAUAACAGGUUUUCAUUUCACCAAGUUAGCCUAGGGACAUUCAAUAGUUCAUACACCAGUCGAUGCAAAUGCUGGAUGUGAAUUAUUAGCAUUAAUAGAUAUCUUUUAAAGCUUUCAUGUAUGAUUUGAAAAUCACUAGGGAGUACACAAAUGGAGGAUUGCAAGCCAAGUUGAAUGAAGGACUAAACAAGAUGCAUCCCAAAUUAACACUGUAUAAUGGAGCUUUUUAUAUUAAUCUUUCUUGAUGCAACUUCAAAAAAUGCAUAGUAGUUUUACAAUGUUCGCAUUCCUACCACAGUAGUAAUUUAAAACCUGUACUGUUGGAUUUAUACACUUAACUUGCAUGGCUAACAAUAACUUUUUAAAUUUAAUGAUGGAGCCUGAUGCAAGUUUAUUUUUACACACCAUUCAACCCCUAAAAUGAUCUGGUUUAGUGGUUUUUCUCCAGCUAUGUCAAUGAUGCACUUGCUGUUUGUUGACUGUUUGAAAUAACUUUUUAUUUAAAUGCCCACCUUUUUGUAUGCGUGCAAGCAAAUGCCAAGACAGCUGAAGCCAUGUUCAGAUUACCAAAAUAAGAGGGAACUGGUCUUAACUAGCUUAAUUGGAAACUGGUUGCAAGCUGUUUUUGUUUUAAUAUUUUAUAAAACUUGGUUUGCCAAUUGCAGUGUACCUGUUAAAGGUGACAUGCAUGAAUGUUUUAGCUUUUCCAUUGGGGCAAACUGAACUGGUACAAAGGAAAGACUGAAGAAAUAGGGGGAAAAGUCUGAAAGAAUGGGUUUUAUUUUGUGUAAUUUAUUCAAGAUGUUUUUGUACUCCCAGGGUAUUGCAUAAUAUAAGGCACAGGAUUUGUAAAAGUGAAACAAAAAGCAGACACUGGAAGCUUGCUGUGAAUCAAUUUUUAACUCUAGUUUAAAAAGUAGAGAUUGAAGUUAGCAGGGUUUACACUUGGCAAUGAACUAAUGUGGAAAAUGCAUUUUUUUGGGGGUCAGGGGUGGGACAAUAUUGACUUUGCUGGUGUAAAAUGUAUGAAACACUUCCAUCUGUGUGCUAUAUUGUUAAAAUGUAACUAACCAACUGAAUGAGUAGAUUGUGAUAUAGAACAUCAAAUGUAAUAACAGAAGCACUGGAGGGUAGGAACCCCAAAAAGUUCUAAGCUUGAGAUACCAGUAAGUGUUACUAAUAUUGGAGAGGGAAAAGAGAAUGACUUUCCUAAAUGUAACUCUCUUCUCCGCCUUGCCCCUCUUCCCACCCUGGUGGGCACUGUCCAAUUUAAUAUCCCUGGUUCAGGUUCUUUUUUUUCAAACUGAUAGGUUGAGGGGUUUUCAUACUAUGUCAGCCAGUAUUAUACAUUUUGUGAUAGUUUAACGUUUUCACAAUAUAAAGCUGUGUUGAUAGUUUGCUGCGAGUUUCACUUGCUGUUGGAGGCUGCUGCAUCAGUCCUCAUCCUUUUGCUAGUCUUCAUCCAAAGCAAUGAGCUAAUGCUCUGAACCUAUCUAUUCACCCAUGGGUGUGAAGCAGAUAGCAAGUUAAGCCUGAAAUGUGUACAAGGUUGUGGUUUAUGAGCAAUUGGCAGUAUUAACAAUUACUUUUCUGACUUGUUUUAACAAGACCCCACCCAGUAAGGUUUUUUUUUGUUGUUUCUUUUGUGCAAGUGACCCUUAGUGUGUCUUGAUUCUUAACACUUCACCAUUGGACAGAUGCUGGAACUUCUCAGGUAGUGUUUGGACAAUCCUGUUUCAGUGGCUGUUUUGAUUCUAUCUGUAGAAGGGUUGUGUUUUUUAAUCCAUUGUGUAUUGUACUGUAUUGUAUACUGGAAAGAAAAAAUUUUGGCCUGAACAGGUUGGAAUGUCUUGGCACUCUGAGCUGAUGUGCAUUGUUUAAAUGUAAUGCUGUCAGUUAGUGAGCACUUUUUUCAAAUAAAUGUUCUGGGACUAGUG